AUGCCUGCCGCUUGUUCAUCAGAUGACCAUCUGAUGAGCGUUUUGGAGCGUCCACAAGCGUGUGGAUGUACUACGAGUGAGUGCGAUGGCCUCACUUGUGGUACGGUCUUUAGUACGACUGCACAAAACCUUAGUGUAACAAACGGUUACACUUCGGAGCAAAGUUCCGGCGGCUGUGAGGAAACACAGGCUGCGCCGAAGGUCCACCACUCGAAUAAGUCGAGUGGACCGGGACAAAGAUGUAUCCCUAACGGGGAACGUCUAGAAGAGAAACAAUCGAUCGCUCAGGUUAAGCGAAACGAUAAUCCUAGAUCGACGGGAGAGUCUUUCGUAGAGGAUCUCGCUGUGGUUGCGCAACCCCAGCUAGAGGAAGUAAAGGGAAUAAGUCCCAAGAUUACAAAUACGGCGGAAAUAAGUUCCCCGAAACCCGCGGGAAUAAGUCCCCGGGAAGCCGAAGGAAUAAGUCCUUCGAAGCCUGAGGGAAUAAGUCCCCAGGAAAUGACAGAGACAUUGAAUGUCAUAGUCAAUAACGGAUCAAGUGUAGGCGCUUAUACACUUGAUCUGAUUGCGCCUCCGAAGUUGACUUCGGAGAUCACUCAGUUGCCAACGCUCGAACAUAAAAGGUUCUUGCGUGAUCUGCGUAGUGGCAAAGUCAAGCAGAUCUGCGUACUCGUCGCUGACGACGAGUGUGUAACCGACAUAAGGUCAGCAACAGUGUUUACUGAGAACGAGAGAGUUCUCAGUAGUUCAUCUAUGGACGAGAGUGUCCUAGAUGAAAAGACACGAAUUGAGCGAUAUGACUCCCAAUCGUGGGAAUCGCUCAAGACAAAUCCUCUCUAUGAAGAUUCGGUUGAAUUCAAGGAUGUAUUCCCUGAAACUGUUCCGUGCGAAUUACCGAAGGAUAAAGGUAUUCGACACGAGGUCGAGCUUAAACCAGGCUCGAAGUACUGUGUCAUGAAGCAGUGGCCACUGCCUCGUGAACAAGUACUUGCGAUCGACAAGUUCUUUGCCGAUCGUUUAGCUGCGGGCCAUGUGAGGGAAUCAACUUCCCCACAUAGCUCUCCGACCUUCUGUGUGUGA